AUGGCCCUUGCCUUUGACAAAGUGGUGCUAUUUGGCGACUCUAUUACUCAGCUCGCGUACGAUCAAGGAUGCGGGUUCUGCUUUGGACCAGCAAUGCAAAAUGCAUACUGUCGCAAAUUUGAUGUAAUCCAACGCGGGUUCGGAGGCUAUAACUCCGACCAUGCUGCUACUAUUAUCAAACGCCUUGUCGACCAGGAGACGGCCGUGAAAUCCAUUGUUUUCUUCGGCACAAAUGACUCCAUCGUCCCUGAAUCGGCGAACCACGUCCCUCUAGCAAGAUACAAAGAGAAUCUUAGGCAAAUCGUCGCCACAAUCGAGCAAGCUGGUGCUAAAGUUGUUCUCGUUGGGCCAGGCCCCUUUAACCAUCACCAGUUCGUGGCGGCGAAUGGAAAGGAUUUCUUCUGUGAUCGGACUACCCUUCGUGCGCGUGCAUACUGUGACGCGGCCAUGGAGGUUGGCGUAGAGUUGAACGUCCCAACAGUUCCGCUCUGGUAUCUCGUAAUGGAAGAAUUGGGCUGGAAGGAGGGUAAUGCGAUCUAUGGUCUAGCGGAACUUCCUGCUGACAAUCCCCUAAACGAGUACCUGAGCGAUGGAGUGCACUAUCUUGGUAAGGCCUACAAAGUCGAAUUUACAAAUGUGAUCAAGGCCAUCAAGGAGUUCUAUCCCGAGCUCGAUCCCGACCGCAUCCCCGAGAAAUUACCAGCGUGGGACGCGAUCACAUCCCUGGAUGUGCUGUAUGAAGCUAUAGCAUAG